AUGUGGAGAACAAAGCUGGAAAAAAAGGCGGCGUCUCCACAGAUGGACUUCCAAGGCUGGGGUUCUAUCCAAGCUGACUCAGCAGAGGUGUUGGGGGAAGGAGGUGGUAGGGUAGGGGGUGCCCCCUUUUUGAAGCCAGAGCACCAGAGCCCUUGGCUGGCCUGCAUUGCUGUCCUGGACCCACCCCAUGUCCCGCAGUUCAAAAGCAAGGAUGGCGUUUUCCAAGUACUUCUGUCUGGCUUUUUGGACAUUGUUCAGAUUGAAAGCCUGCUUCGGGAUGAUUACCACGAGGACGGGAUCUGCCAGCCUUACCAGGGAAUUGCCUGUGCGUGCUUCAUUGGCAACUGGACCAUUUAUGUGGACUCGCUGCAGAUGCAGGGGUAGAUUGAAAACAGAAUCACAGUGGCCUUCACCAUGAUCGGCACCUCUACACACCUGUCAGACCAGUGCUCGCAGUUCGCCAUCCCAUCCUUCUGUCACUUCGUGUUCCCUCUGUGUGACGCGCGCUCCCGCGAGCUGUGUCGCGACGAGUGCGAGGUGCUGGAGAGUGACUUGUGCUGCCAGGAAUACACCAUCGCCCGCUCCAACCCGCUCAUCCUCAUGCGGCUGCAGCUGCCCAAGUGGGAGGCGCUGCCCAUGCCCGAGAGCCCUGAUGCUGCCAACCGCAUGCGCAUCGGCAUCCCAGCAGAGGGGCUGGGCCGCUACCAUCAGUGCUAUAACGGCUCAGGCACGGAUUACAGAGGAACGGCAAGCACCACCAACUCACGGCAUCAGUGCCAGCCGUGGGCCCUGCAGCACCCCCACAGCCACCGCCUGUCCGGCGCAGACUUCCUCGAGCUCGGAGGGGGGCAUGCCUACUGCCGGAACCCUGGCGGCCAGAUGGAGGGCCCCUGGUGCUUUACGCAGAAUAAAAACAUAUGCAUGGAACUGUGUGACCUACCCUCGUGUAGUCCCCGAGACAGCAGCAUGAUGGGGAUUCUGUACAUCUUGGUCCCCAGCAUCGCGAUUCCACUGGUCAUUGCUUGCCUUUUCUUCUUGGUCUGCAUGUGCGGGAAUAAGCAAAAGCCAUCUGCAUCCAUGCUGCAGCGGCGACAGCUGAUGGCCUCACCCAGCCAAGACAUGGAAAUGCCCCUCAUUAACCAGCACAAACAGGCCAAACUCAAAGAGGUCAGCCUGUCUGCAGUGAGGUUCAUGGAGGAGCUGGGAGAGGACCGGUUCGGGAAAGUCUACAAAGGCCACCUGUUGGGUCCUGCCCCGGGGGAGCAGACCCAGUCCGUGGCCAUCAAAACGCUGAAGGACAAAGCAGAUAGGCCUCUGCGGGAGGAGUUCUGGCACAAGGCCACGCUGCGAGCGUGGCUGCAACACCCCAGCAUCGUCUGCCUGCUGAGUGUCGUAACCAAGGAGCAGCCCCUGAGCAUGAUCUUCAGCUACUGUUCAGGCGACCUCCACGAGUUCCUGGUCAUGCGCUCGCUGCACUCAGACGUGGGCAGUGCUGACGACGACUGCAUGGUCAAGUCCGCCCUGGAGCCCCGGGACUUCGUGCUUCUGGUGGUGCAGAUUGCGGCAGGGAUGGAGUACCUGUCCAGCCACCACAUGGUUCACAAGGAUCUGGCCACCCGCAACGUGCUGGUGUAUGACAAGCUGACCGUGAAGAUCUCAGACCUGGGCCUCUUCCGAGAGGUGUAUGCCGCCGAUUACUACAAACUGCUGGAGAACUCGCUGCUGCCCAUCCGCUGGAUGGCCCCUGAGGCCAUCACAUACUGGAAGUUCUCCAUCGACUCGGAUAUCUGGUCCUACGGCAUGGUCCUGUGGGAGGUCUUCAGCUACGGGCUGCAGCCCUACUGCGGAUACUCCAACCAGGACGUGGUGGAGAUGAUCCGGAACCAGCAGGUGCUGCCCUGCCCCAACAACUGUCCCACCUGGGUGUACGCCCUCAUGAUCGAGUGCCGGAAUGAGUUCCCCAGCCAGUGGCCCAGCUUCAAGGACAUUCACAGCCAGCUCCGAGCCUGGGGCAACCUUUCCAACUACAACAGCUCGGCGCAAACCUCGGGGGCCAGCAACACUACGCAGACCAACUCCCUGAGCACCAGCCCAGUGAACAAUUUGAGCAACGACUGCUAUGUGGGACCCAAGCAGAAGGCCCCAUCCUUCCCACAGCCCCAGUUCAUGCCCAUGAAGGGCCAGAUCAGACCCAUGGUGCCCCCACCACAGCUCUACGUCCCUGUCAAUGGCUACCAGCCGGUGCCGGCCUAUGCGGCCUACCUGCCCAACUUCUACCCAGUGCAGAUCCCAAUGCAGAUGGCUCCGCAGCAGGUGCCUCCUCAGAUGCUCCCCAAGCCCAGUUCGCACCACAGUGGCGGCUCCAGCAGCACGGGCUAUGUCACCACAGCCCCCUCCAACACCUCCAUGGCAGACAGGGCGGCCCUGCUCUCAAAGGGCACCAAGGACUCACAGAACACCCCAGAAGAUGGAACCCAGAUCCCCGUGCAAGAAGCGGAGGAGGAGAAGGAAUGUUCUGUCCCAGAGACUGAACUGCUGGGAGACAGUGACACUCUGCAGGUGGACAAGGCCCAAGUCCAGCUGGAAGCUUGA